AUGCCCUCGCACUCGCUUUUUCUUACCAAUGGGAUGUUCAUUAUCGAUAAGAUCGAUGCUUACGACAAGACUUACAACGACGUCAUAGGUGGAGGUGGUACCUGGGCUAUUCUGGGUGGGUGUAUUGUGACCUCGAGCCUGGGUGUCUCGCGGCGACUUCGCUGGAUCGUUGAUCGGGGGUCAGAUUUCCCCGUCGCAGCAACGAAACAGAUCGAAUCCUGGCAAUCGGGGGCGUGCUUUCGUGACGACCUGUCAAGACUCACUACAAGAGGUUAUAAUCUGUAUGGAGCCAAUGAACUGCGAGAGUUCAAAUAUAUUACCAAGAAAAAACGUAUUGACGUUGAAGACUGGAAAGCGGUCUUAGGGACCCAUGAUUUGCAAAAAGUGCCCGUUUUCCAUUUAGUAUGCUCUGAUGAACGUGCGCUGCACGUUAUGCAGAGUCUUCCACCAUGUACAGGUGCCAGGACUUUUGUAUGGGAACCAGUCCCAGAUUUAUGCGAUCAACAACAUUUUGAACCUAUCCGGAGGGUAAUGAACGGGCCUGACCACGUUGUCAUAUCGCCCAAUGCGCAAGAAAGUGCCCGUCUUUUUGGAUUACCAGAGCCGGUCACAUUGCAAGAAUGCCAAGAUCUGACUUGGAAGUUCGAUACCUUUAUGAACGAUACAAAUGCUUGCGUUGUGAGGUGCGGUAAACUAGGGUGUCUCGUGUUGACAUCCCGGGACAACGGUGUGCGCUCCCUGGUUCAUUUGCCCGCGUACCAUUUUACUACGCCGGAGUUGGUCGUGGACCCAACGGGCGGUGGGAACACUUUCUUGGGAGCCUUUGCCCUAGGCUACGUAUUGACACAUGGAGACUUGAUCAUCGCAAGUAUAUGCGGUAACAUCGCCGCUGGGUGUGCCAUUGAACAGAUCGGCGUGCCUGGGUUUAACUCAGACAAAUGGAACGGACUCACAUUCGUACAGCGAUUGACCAACUACUUAAAAACGUAUCCUACAUCCUUUAAGGUGGGUCAAGUCCUGGGGAAACUAAAUCAGGGAGCUCAGGAAGCAUAG